AUGGAUGCCCCAUCGAAAAAUCCGAUGGUGGCGCUCUGCGCUAAUCUCAACCGCGCUGAAGAUGAGAUGCGGCAAUUGAUGGAGCGAGUAGACGCGGGGGCACCAAUGGGUGAACUGCUGCGUAAGAAAGUAGCCCUACAACGUCGAAUUCAACGUUUGCGGGAUGAGGAAGAGGAAUUACGCCGUGAGGAGUUCUUUCAAUCACUUGUAAAAUCAAAUAAAGAAAAAUCUUUAGUGAGUGCCAAGCGAAAAGAAAAGGAAAUGAAAUCUGUUAAGGGUAAAAUGCACAAACGAAAACCAGAUUCAGUAUCACGAAAGGGAAAACAGAAACAGGUAGAGGAACAACAGAAUAAAGGAGGAGAUGAGGACGAAAGUAAUACUCGUAAUGGUGAUAAUACUAAUACUGGUGAUAAUAACAAUAAUAAUAAUAAUCAUAAUCACGAUGAUGAUGAUAAAUUAUCUGCAAAUGUCUCUGCUGGCAACUUCAGUCUACCUGUUUCGAGUUCUAGACAAAGCCCAACGCGGGGCUAUCAUGAGAAGGCAGAUCGUUGGCGGAAAAACAAUGCCAAUAGCACAGUUCACGAGGAUUCCCGUAGUGAUACCAUUUCUGAAUGUGAAGGGAAUAUUGUGGAGGGAUUAGAGAGUUUGGAUAUUAACAUGACGGCGAAUAUCAUGCAAAUGGUGCAGUCCACACAAUGGCAGGCGUUGAAUUCAAAUUUACGAUCAGAUGCCGCACGUCAGGCUCGUGAGGCAAAACUAGAAGAGUCGAAGAUUCGACAAGAUAAGUUAAAACGACGGUUUGAUAUCGUGGAGGGAAUGUACACAAAGGCGAUUGAUCGACGUCUACGGGCGAUGCAGAGAAUUGCGGCAGAUCCACCAGCGGAUCGUCUCAUUGGUGCGAAUGCCUUACAACACAUUCCUGUUGGAUUGCUGCCUGGCCAACUGCAGCAAACUGCAAACGCCAUUGUAGAGGGAACGAUGUUGAGAGUGAAGAGUCCAACCAGCACUGGAGUGGCGGCCACUGCAGUACCUGAAGUUCCACAGAAGGGUUUCUUUAUCACAUGCGUUGACGCAACGUCCACUAGAAAAAUUGAGGAAGGAAGAAGUGGCGCUUCUCCCACAGAGACGACAUCGCAUGAGAAAAAAGGAGAUGAUAAUAAUGAUAAUGAUGAUGAUAACAAAGAAGAAGGAGAAGAGAAGGAGGGAGAAUCACGCCUAUCGGAGGACGUUGUAAGUCAGGAAUUACUUCGCCAGUGGCGAGAGCUUGGCUAUACGGCUGUUUACCUGCCCGCAUCCAAGCGGUUGGUGUAUCCCAAUGAAAGUGGCCGCAGUGGCCGCAGUAUUAUAAAGCCGUAUGAUCCAAAUGGUUGGAUGAAGUUGGAUCCAAUGCCAUCUGUUCAUUUAGUGCAGCGGCGACUGCCAAUAGAAGAAAUGCUAAAACAGCAUGAACAACAGUAUGAUGUAGCAAACUCAGUAGAUAGUCACUGGCAUCUGCCAUCUCUUCGAUACGGAAAAAAGUAG